AUGAAGAUAGAAGAAUUAAAACAAGAAUAUGAAAUAUUAAAUUCAGUAUUUCCAGGAAUAGCCAGUAUUGAUGAAACAACACAGCAACUUAAAAUGAAGAUUUUUGUUGAAACUCCAGAUGGAGUUAUAUUAAAAUUAGUUGAAGAUGAGUUUAUUCAGUAUCCUUAUUCUGGGAAAAAAGAGAUUACAAUUAACAAAUUACCUCCAAUAGAAGUAUUUAUCAAUCAAAAUGAUUCAUGUAAUGAAUAUACUAUGAGUUGUAUUUGGAUUACAGAGGAACAAGGUAAUAAUAUAAUUAAUAGAUUAAAUGAAAUUGAAGAAGAAAAUGAUGGAAUAGGAUUUUUGUAUGGAUGGUAUCUGUAUCUGGUUGAUAUAGUAAAUGACUUUGAUAUUAAGAUGAUUGAUAUAGAUAAAUUAGAAUAUAUUGAUAAUACUCAUGUGUUCUCUUUUAUUGGAUCUCCUCAACACAGACAACGAGCUAUGAUUCAGUUUGUUCUUGAUGAUAUGAAAAGAGAAUUCUUAUCACAUACAGAAGCUCAAUGUUUUCAUUGCAAAGUGAAUAAGUCAAUUGACCAAUUUAUUCUUUUUAGUCAAUGCUCACAUAGCCUAUGUAAACAAUGUUUGUGUGAACAAGUAAAAUACUCUAUUGAAAAAAAGAAGAGACUAUGUUGUGAACGUUGUAAUAGUGAAGUAAUGUUUUAUGAAUUACAAAGAGUUAUUAACAGAGAAACAUUAGAGCAGUACAAUCUUUUGUUAACUCUUCUUUGUUUAGAAGAAGAUGAUGAGACAGUUGUAUGCCCAAGUUGUCAUACUGUAAUCGAAAUUGGUAAAGAAAAUAAAGAAACUUUAGAAAGGACAUUUUGUCACAACUGUUGUACUUAUUUCUUUACUAACAAGUAUGAGAUAACUAAGAAACAAAAAGAACAAAUUAAGAAAGAGAAAGAACUAGAAGAGGAGAGAUGUAAAUCUAGAUCUGCCUUGAAAAAAAAUAAACAAAGAAAUGAAUUUUAUUUCAAUACUAACCAUUUAAUUGAAGAAUUCAUUGAGAGAAUUACUUCAUAUGAAUUUGUUAAACACAUUUGUCGAUACCUUAACCAAUCUGGACUUUCAUAUAGAGACAAUGUAACCAUCAGUUUUAAUAUGAAUUUAUUCAGUCCUUGUAAGUUAAUAGAUUUAGUUAAAAAAAACCUAACAAACAAAGUUAUUAAAUCAUUAAAUACAAGAGGAUUCUUAUGUUGGCAUGGUACAAGCUGGAACAAUGCAGAAUCAAUAAUGAGAGAUGGAUUUGAUACAAAAAGAAGAAGUGUGCAAAAAUUUGGAGAAGGAGAAUAUUUUGCAUCUCAUUCAUCCCUUUCAAAAAUGUAUGGAAGUGUAUUGUUAUUAACAUAUGUUAUAGACUCAAGACAAGUAUCAAGAUUUCCUUUUGGGUAUGUUGUUAACAAUAGGUUAAGUGAUACGUUAUGUCUUCCUAUAGCCUGCUUUCAGUUUAAUCAGCCUGAAGAGUUUAAAUUCGAUAAUUUAAUUAAAGAACCCAAAAGCAAAUAUUGUAAAUACCUUUAUCAUGGAUUAGGUAUUCCAGCUGAAGGUUAUCUCAUUGAAAAAGUUCUGCUCAUGCUAUCCCGUCUGUCUGGUAAAGACAGGCACGAGAACUGUGAUAUUGUUAAAAACACAAACUUCAAAUGCUAUUUCACAUGGCUAUAUGAAACAGCCCAAGGAAUGAAUAAAUUAGGGGAAAGUGAUUCAGAAACUUUAACUCUCUUAUUCAAUGAUAAACAAACAACAGGAAUUAUUCCUAUUAAUUUAGAACUUGGAUGUGUAUCAGUUGAUUUAAAGAAUAUGUGCAUACUUAUUAAGAACCAUCCCCAUAAGUUGAUUUUUAAGACUGAUAGCUUGUAGUGA